UUGCAGUGUAGGUUAUAUUCUUCCUUGUGGAGUAAACCUUGCCAGGUUGCUAUGUUGACAAGAUGCUCUGAUCACUCAUGCAGCGGGAAGUGCUUUCCUGUUCCCGAAAGCCUCCUUGAUUGUGCAACUGUGCAGCCUUGCAUGCACAACUGUCUUGUCACCCAGCAUGAAGGAAGACACACAUAUCAGUUUUAUGUUUACUUCAAGCAACACUACCAUCUAAGAGCCAAUCCACUUCUCAGCAGCAUUGACCAUAUAUUCCAAGGUGACGCAGUCAUUAUGAGGGUUGGUGCUACUGACAGCUCUGUUGUGAAUAUGCGAGGCAGGGACAGUUCACUCACAGACUUCAUCAUGCAUCGGUAA